AUUUGGAUUUUAAUCCUUGAUCCAACAAUGAGUGCUGCAAAGCGAAUAGCGCGGCUGCUAAGCAUCUCGUGAUUCCUUUCAACUGUAGACACGAGAAAAUGGCAGUUCCUUUCCCACAUGGCCUGGACAAAAUACCUGAUGUGCAGGGGUACCUGGUAAUCAAUUCAGAUGGGGCAGUGCUUGCAUCAUCAGGUGAUCUUGAAAAUGAAGAAAACAUUGCUGCUAUCGUAACCAGGAUGCUUCAAACAGCGACCAAAAUACCAAUUUCAGGAGAUAGAACUCAGACCUUGAAGAGAAUGUCAGUGUGCUAUAGAGACUUCACAUUGAUGGCAACUGUAUCAAAUCAGAAAAUAUUUGUUGUCAAGAGACCUUUGAAACAGGAUAGUGAAUAGAAAAUAAAUUAAAUGGUAUGAGUAAAAUAUAAAUUCACAGACAUUGAUCAAAUAUUAAGUCACCAGUGAAUGUGAGUUUCAAUUAUCUCCUAAGAAAUAAUGCUUAAUCAGGAAACUUCUCCUGUUUAGAAAUGUUCAUACAAUAAUUUUGUUGUUGUCUUGAUCUUGAUUGACAGUGUUGCUUUUUUAGUACUUUUCUUUUUCCUGUUCACACAUUGCACUUCAUCUGAAAGAACGACUCAGCUUGUUCAUGUUAACAUACUUAAAUCCCUCCCUCUCUUUGAGAAAGGGGCCCUUGUACAUCUUACAGUUAGGGUAAAAAUACAAAAUUAUGAAAUAUUUUCUUACAUGGAAUGUUAUUUGAAAUAAACUAAAGGCUAUUUAGCAAUGUUGACAAUAA